AUGUCAAGUCAAAAGCCGUCAGUAUUGAUCAUUGGUGCCGGCACGUUUGGGCUGUCGGCAGCCUAUCAUCUCACCCGCGCCGGCUACAAGUCCAUCACGAUACUUGAAAAGGGCACAACAAUACCAUCCGAGCUCUCAGCAGGAAACGAUGUGAACAAGAUCAUUCGCGCAGAGUAUGAAGACCCGUUUUACACCGACCUAGCCCUCCAGGCCAUGGAAGAGUGGACAAACAACCCGACAUUUUCCCCGCACUACUACCAGACCGGAUAUCUGCUAGCGAACUCGGCAGCGGCACCCGAAAAGACCAAAAAGACCUUGGCAAAGUCUCUUGAGAGCAUCAAGACGCAUCCAGCAUGGGCCGACAAGAUUGAUGCCAUCGAGAGCCGCGAAGACAUCUCCAAAGCUGCCCCCGCCUUGGAUGGCCCGAUGGAAGGAUGGAAGGGCUAUUUCAACCGCUUCGCUGGGUAUGCACAUGCUGCAAAUGCGCUGAAGUCGACCUACGACUAUGUGAAGAAUCAAGGAGUGGAGAUCCACACUGGCGAUGAGGUUGUUGCCUUUGAGUACGACGGCGAUAGGUGCGUUGGUGCUCGGACGGCAUCAGGAAAGCAGUUCACCGCAGACAAGACCAUCAUUACGGUUGGUGCGUCGCUGGGAUAUGUCCUUCCCUCUAUCGGCCGACAAGUUACCGCUAAGGCUUGGAGUGUGCUUCAUAUUCAGCUUCAGCCGGAGGAGGCCGAGAAGUUGAAAGGCAUCCCGGUCACAUAUGCACGCGACCUUGGCUUUUACUUCGAGCCAGAACCGGGCACGGGUAUUCUGAAGUUCUCGCCCAGUGGCGGAGGAUAUACCAACUACUCUCCCACGACUGGGCUUUCCGUGCCUCCCAUCGAUAACAACUUCGUGAGCGAGUCAGACGAACAAAAGAUUCGUCAGCUUCUUCGAGAAACUCUCCCAACUUUGGCAGAGAGGCCUUUCAUUAACAAGCACAUCUGCUGGUGUGCCGAUACUGCGGACUCUGACUAUGUCAUUGAUGCAGUACCUGGAAAGAAGGACCUGUUCCUUGCCACUGGAGACUCUGGACAUGGAUUCAAGAUGUUACCUGUGGUUGGAGACUGGAUCAAGACGCUGAUUGAACAGGGAGAGCAGAGCAUUCCUCGUUGGAAGUGGAAGGAAGGAAGUGAUGCCGGCAGUAAUGUCAGCUGGAGGGCAGGGGAAGUCUUGGAUCUGAAGGACGUCGGGUAUACGUCUAAGUUGUAA